GUCAGUCAGUCAGCGGCUCGUGUGUGUGUGUGUGGCUGACCCGCGCUUAAUGGACUAGAUUUCCAGCCACGUAAGUAAGAUGAUGAUGGUGUCCUGUUGCUGAAACAAGGGAUAGGCCCAGGGGGAGAACGUCGGCCGUCCCUUCUCGCCUUUGUGUCCGAAUUAUAUCCAUCCGUCGGAGUUUAUCGUGCUCGCGCGGAGAGAGGACAUCGACUUCCCAGGCGUAACAAAAGGCGGCUCGCGACCUGGAGGAAAAGAAAAUCUCCCUGGCUAUAUUUAGGUAAAUACUCGGACAAGAUUCGCUCGGAGGCUCGCAUGAAUGAACCCGGAGCGCCCUCUCAGGAUAUCCGAACCCGGCUGGCACUUUAAAUUUCAUGCACAAAAAAAACCAAGGAAAUAAUUAUUAAUUUGUACCUGCUGCGCUGCAUCGACUGUGACGUCACACUCUUUACAUUCACAAUCGCGACGUUUUACAUGCAUUUUCGCGUGUGUUAACCAAACCGAGCUGCUUUUUUUUUCUUUGAGGGCACCGUGAAGCAUAGAGGUCACAAUUCAUGCAUGCACGUCAUCGCAUGUGUGCUCAAAUGACGCCACAUUGGCAUUGCAAUCAGCAUUAUUAUUAAAGUCGAGGGGAAUCGCCGCUUGCAUUCAUGCCCAGUGUUAAAUAGAGGGCAUUUGAUUUUUUUUGGCAUUCGCUUCCACCUCCCCUUGAAUCCGUCUGAAUCACCCUCCUGAUCCGGACGAACCUCCUCCUCUAUACUCAUGAACAUACAGAGAUCCAGUCCCAUUAACAUUUCGCGUUAUGGGAGAUCGAGGCACAAAGCGCACGACUUUGAGGAGCUAUCUUGCCUAAGGACUACAGAAUCCAGCCAGAGUUUCAGUCCCAAUUUAGGAUCUCCCAGCCCCCCCGAGACCCCGGACUCCUCGCACUGCAUUUCUUGCAUAGGAAAUUACCUUUUGUUGGAGCCCAUCGAGGGAGACCACGUUUUCAGAGCCACCCACCUGCACAGUGGGGAAGAGCUCGUGUGCAAGGUGUUUGAUAUCAGUCGAUAUCAGGAGUCACUGGCUGCUUACUUCGUGCUGGGUACCCAUGAGAACAUUAACCAGAUAGUGGAGAUCCUUUUGGGGGAUACGCGAGCGUACGUGUUCUUCGAGAGGAGCCAUGGCGACAUGCACUCUUUCGUUCGCACUUGCAAGAAGCUGCGAGAGGAAGAGGCUGCCAGACUUUUCCAUCAGAUAGCAUCAGCUGUGGCGCACUGCCACGACAACGGCCUGGUCCUCCGAGACCUCAAGCUGAGGAAGUUCGUCUUCAAGAAUGAGGACAGGAACCUUGUAAAGUUGGAGAGUCUCGAGGAUACUUUCCUCCUCGAAGGGGGCAAUGAUUCCCUCUCGGACAAACACGGCUGUCCUGCAUACGUCAGCCCUGAAAUCCUCAAUGCAAAUGGCAGCUAUUCGGGAAAGGCGGCGGACGUGUGGAGCUUAGGAGUGAUGCUGUACACCAUCCUAGUGGGCCGAUAUCCCUUCCAUGACGUGGAGCCAAGUUCGCUGUUCAGUAAGAUCCGCCGCGGGCAGUUUAGCAUCCCAGAGACGCUAACACCCAAAGCGCGAUGCCUGAUUCGUAGCAUUCUGCGGAGAGAGCCCGCCGAGCGCCUCACAUCCCGAGAAAUCCUGGACCAUCCCUGGUUUUCGGCCUCCAUCACUCCGGCCGUCAACCUUGGAAGAAACGAACGCGAGUUGGACCAAAUGGUACCAGAGGCCAACAUGGAAGAAGAGCUAGAACAGUUCUUUAGCUGAGCACAAACUCGUCAAGACAUUUAUGCCACGUUGUUUUAGAUUAUCCGAUAAACAAACACAAAAUACACUCAUAUUACAAUGGUGUCUAUCGUUAUUUCUCAUUCCGCGGAGAGAUGUGGACUGUUUCUGGUGAAGCUACGACUUCUGGACGAAGCGAAAUGCUAAUGGUGUUGAGUGAUGUAGCAAGACUUUUUCUGGUUCAUUGUUUCUUUUUCGGUUUUGGUUUUUACGUGGUGCUCACGAGUCGCAGUAAGCUACGAAACAUGCAUUACAGCACAGGAGAACGCAGCCAAGGAACAAAGAAAAUAUCAGGCAAAACUGCUCCUGUUUCCUGCGCCAAGUUGUCGACCGUGUUUUCUUUUUUCCUCGAAUGCAGUUUGUUGUUGGUCUCAUUUCAGUUAAUUCUAAGAAUAUCUAGCCUUAUCACACGAGGAAACGUAACUAUUUUACUAAACCCAACAAUUAUUGGGGGCAAAUCAUUAGCAAAUCAUACUAAAUUGUCCAAAUUAGGUCAUACAAAUUCAUACAAAUAAGCCACUAAAUCAACAAGUCACGAAUUAGCAUGGUCAGUUUAGUGGCUAAUUUGUACGAGUUCAGUUGUACGAAAAUGUAAGAUUUUUAAAAGGAAGCGUGCCACCGAACCCCACCCCAAAACCCAACCGUUAUUCGGAGAUGAGCAAAGCGCAAUAAAUUUUACAAAUGAGAUUGUACGAAUUAGCCACUAAAUCAACAAGUUGCGAUUUAGCAUGGUCAGUUUAGUGGCUAAUUCAUAUGAGAUCAGUCGUACAAAAAUGUACAAUUUUUAAAAGGAGCCGUGGCACCAAACCCCACCACUAAACCCAACAAUUAUUGGGGGAUGAGCAAAUCAUACUAAAUUGUCCAAAUUAGAUCAUACAAAUUCAUACAAAUAAGCCACUAAAUCAACAAGUCACAAAUUAGCAUGGUCAGUUUAGUGGCUAAUUUUUACAAAUUCAUGAGUUCAGUUGUACAAAAAUGUAUGAUUUUUAAAAGUCGGGGCACUAAACUCCACCCCUAAACUCAACCAUUAUUGGCGGAUGAGCAAAUCGUACUAAAUUGUACAAAUGAGGUUGUACGAAUUUAUACGAAUUAGCCACUAAAUUAACAAGUUACGAAUUAGCAUGGUCAGUUUAGUGGCUAAUUCUUACAAAUUUAUAUAAGUUUGGUAGUACGAAAAGUUACAUUUUUUUAAAAGGAGGCGUGGCACCAAAUGCCACCCCUAAACUCAACCAUUAUUGGCGGAUGAGCAAAUCAUACUAAAUUGUACAAAUGAGGUUGUACGAAUUUAUACGAAUUGGCCACUAAAUCAACAAGUUACGAAUUAGCAUGGUCAGUUUAGUGGCUAAUUCAUACAAAUUCAUAUAAGUUCAGUAGUACAAAAAGUAUGAUUUUUAAAAAGGAGGCGUGCCACCAAAUGCCACCCCUAAACCCAACCGUCAUUGAGGGUUAAGCAAAUCGAAUUGUACCAAUGAGAUCUACAAUUCCAUACAAAUUAGCCACUAAAUCAAAGAGUUACGAAUUGCCGUGAGAUAUUGUUGGAAUAUCCGCAAACGUCGACAGCCCUCCUCCAUGAAGUUUUUUUAGUUUUUACAUUAAGAAAGAAGUUUGUGUUGCAUUAAGCUGUUCCUUUUACUAUUAUUGCUGCUUUUUUCUGCUCUAACGUUACUGAAACUUUCUCUUUUCGGAGAAUUUAAAGAAAACGUCAAGCACUUGACUCGCCUAGGCUUGGAGAUGCUCUCUGAACUAGUGUCAUCUAUUUAACUUUUAGUUUUUCCUUUUUGCUGGAGCAAAAUGUAACUUUUUUUAAUUAUUUAUAACGGAACAACUACUAUAUUUAAAAAGGAAUACAUGCAGGGUUUUUUGGUUAACCGCGAAUAUUGUAGGCAAUACAUUUGACACAGGACAGGUUUGACUUUUUGCAUCAAAGUUCGUCCCAAGUUGGAAAGUCUACGAUUUAAACGUCAGUGCCAGUAACUGCGCACCCCGAACUCACGCUUUUAUUUUGAGUUUAUUUUUUGUUUGUUUUUGCAUUUGACUCCAUAAAUAUUAGACGAUAUUUCUACGACUACAAGGUCUCGAGUACCUCUACUGCCUGCAUAGGUCUGUGAAAUGAUCAUGUUUUGAAUGGGUACGUGUAGACUUGUUUCGUCGUAUAUCAUUGUUACUUGAAAUCGUGAUUUAUAUCUAGUCAAUGGCAUGUGCCCUUUGAAUGCUUUAGCCUGCCUAGCAAGAGGGGAGUUUGUUUAUUAAUAUACAUAUAUAUAUAUAUUUUAUUUUUUCUCUGAAGAAUAUUACGAAGGAUUUACUAGGAGUCCAAUUGCGCUUUUAUUUUUGUUUGUUUUAUUUUUGUUUGUUUUAUUCUUCUGGUCAUUGUGCUUUGCCCUUGUUCUAUAGAAGGAACUUGCCUACUUAAGUUGGUGCUGAUUAGGUGCUAAAUUUGAAGGAUUUUUUUUGUUGUUCUUUUAUUAUUAUUUUUUCCUCAUGUUUUCGAGGGGAGGGGGGAGUGCAUGGUGGGAUUAUCUGCCUCAGAUGCUCUGAUUGUAAUGUAACAAAUUUUUGGUGUUUUGUCCAGAUUUAUUCAGUAAAUAAAUUGUGAACUGCA